AUGAUGGACGGUUAUAUACACGCUGGUCAAGUCCUUCCAGCCCAAACUAUUCUACAGCCAUUGCAACAGCCUUUGAUAAUGGAUGCAAACGGUGCUGCUCAACCAACUACUUUCGCCGUCCAGGCUAGUGAUGGUAGCUUAAUCCCAGUUCAACUAGCUACGUCUGCUGGUGGGGGUCAGGUUAUCAUGUUCCUUCCAAGUGCAGCUCAGCAAACAAUAUACACAACUCAGCCUAUAGUGUCUGCUGCAACCACUUCUUUGGACGCUAAUCUUACAUCGGCUCAAGGGCAGAUUAUAGGGACAACAGUUGAAGACGAAACCCACAUACUUCAACAAUUACAGCAGUCUUCGCAAGUCCAGGUUAUUCAUCAGACCCAGUCUGGAUUAUCUCAAGCCGUUUCAAACACUCAAGUUGUCCAGGUUUCUAGUCCACAACCUGAAACUGCUAUCGGUCAGCAGGGAAUGUCCACACAAGCAUCCUCAACAAUAUCACCUGGUCUUACUCCUGGUGGCGAAGAACCUCUUUACGUUAAUGCUAAACAGUACCACAGGAUUCUAAAGCGUCGCCAAGCACGAGCGAAAUUAGAGGCACAAGGCCGCAUUCCGAAGGAAAGACGGAAAUUUUGUCUAACUGAUAUCCCUGAUUACACGCUGCUAAUUACCCCAUGGAUUCAACUUUUUGACAAUCUGGAAAAUGACCCCCCCUUAGAGAUUAAAAUAUCUUAA